UUCCAGCGUGAAAUCAACUCGGAGAUGGUUGACGUGGGUAAACAACUGUUACGAGUGGCUGUACAGAAGAAAAACAGAGAGCUGAUCAGGCUGCUGGUGCAGUGUGGGGCUGACGUCACUCCCAGCUGCUACAGCAUCCAGGCCAAGCUUUGGCUGCCGCCCCACCCCUGCGUGGUGGAGGAGCUGGUCAGUCUCUGUAGCGGUGCUUCAGGCGAGAGAUUCUACGGCCGGUCUCUCUUGGAAUAUCUCCUCAACAACUAUCACAUCAUCACGUAUAAAUUUCCCAAAGAAAAAUUCUUGGAUAAAGUUAAAUCGAUCGUAAAAAACGGGGUAAGUCUUGAGACAUUGAACAAGUACGAUCAUACACCACUAAUGAGGUCUGUUAUUAUUCGGAACCUCCCACAGCUGACCAGGAUAUUUCUAGAAGCAGGCGCAGACGUCAACAGACAAAACAAUGAAGGAAAAACCGCCUUGCAUUUUGCGGCAGAAUCUGGUUCAGUUAAACUUGUUAACGUUCUGCUUGAAUUUAACGCUAACGUUAAUCUUCAAUGCAGUCUCGGUCGGACACCUUUAUCUACAGCUGUCGUUAACGACGAUGAUAAAAUAAUCUGUUGUUUGUUGGCCAACGGUGCUGAUGUAAAUACCGAGGACCACGAGGGGAACACACCUUUACUAAUCUCCUGUAGAUCCAUAAAGAAAAAUGUUGACGUCCUGAAGCUACUCGUGAAAGCAGGAUCAGACGUUGACCACCAGAACAACGACGGGAGAACGGCCCUAAUGCUGGCAGCUGAGCUGCAAGACUUUGACAUGGUUCAUACGCUGUGUCUAUCAGGAGCCGACGUUAACGUCGUUAAUUUGACGCGCAACGAAACAGCACUGUCCAUUCUCUUCAGUUCCCCUAAACUAGACGAGAGUCAAGAUUUAAAAUGCAUUGACUGUUUAAUCCAAUAUGGAUCCAAAAACCUAUGUUUAGUUCCUACCCAUAUUCAUAAGUGCAUUCUUUACAACAGGGUUAGUUACAUAAAGCAGUUAAUCUUAUAUGGUGUAGGCCCUGAAGAUGUUGAAAUACAACACAACAAUGCGAACUCAGCAUCCUACCUAGUUCAUGUUUCACCCAUCCAACUUGCUUUAAUGCAUGGCAAUUCAAACAUAGCCCAAAUAUUCCAACAAAUGUGGUUUUUUACCAAAUCUGAUAUUCACAUACUCAUGAACAAUAACUCAAAAUUAAGGGAAAUUCUUAACGCAAAAGGUUAUCUCCCCUGCAUAGAGUUUUUAGACAUCAUAAAACGCCAGCCCCUGUCGUUACAGGAAUUGAGUUUCCUUACCGUUUCCCAAGCCGUAGGUUCGGAUAUCGGCAGGAAACAACGGGUACGUCAGCUCGGGUUUCCACAAGUAGUUCAAAACAAACUUAUGUUUGAGGAGGUGGGGGAUUUUACUUUUGGUGACGAUUCGUGA